GUCGUCGUCGUCGUGUGAAAAUGGAAUCACGAAAACCCUUGAGAGAGUGCCAAAGAAAAAAGUAUAUUUUCAUAAGUGAAUUAGAAAUUAGUUUUUUGGCUGGUACUCAGAAAAGAAUCGAAAGUGAACGUUAACAGUUGUUGACUGCUCCCAAAAAAGUUUAACCAAAGGAAUACAAUUUGAAAUGGAUAUUCAGUUUCGGGCUCAAGGUGGAAAACCAAUUACUCCAGAAUUGGCAAUUGACCUUCGACAGUUGAUUUUUGGUACGGCAGCUGUGCCUGUUAGAUGUGAAUGGGCUACAACAGCUUUGAAUUUCGCUCCUCCAGGAGAAGAGCAUGCAUAUGGAUUGGUAUCACCACGCAAUGCUACUCGAGGAUUAUUGUCAGCUCUUCAAGGAUUUAUAUUGAAAAAUUUGCUCUUUAAGCGAACAUUACGUGGCUCAGGAGCUCCUUCAGCUGCAGAGCUGUUACGUCCUAACGAAGCUCAACAAAUCGAUGCCCUUAUUACAUCAAUGGUCGAGAUUUUAGCUCAAAUAUCAGAAAACAACAAGUUUAUUGUAGCUUUACCCGGCGAAGAGUCCUUUAUUGCACAUAGUACCACUUACUUUCAGGAUACGAUUACAGAAAAGCUUUAUUUGUUCCAACUUGAAUCCAAAGGAUCCUUAGAAAUUUUCUUGAAGAACAACAUACAAUUUUUUACGGCAGAAGACAGUCCAGGUGCCUUGCUGUUUCUUUACAGUGCAGUUUUGACAAGGUCCAUAGGAAAAAUUCGUUCAGACCUCGAUAAAAAAGGUGCUGGAACAGUAUCUUUGGUGGGAAAUAAGGAAGAGGGUUCAUUGAAUAUCGUGACACUCUUGUUGACUGGGAGGGCAACUCCCUACAUUCAUAAUGGCGUAGUUCAUGCUGGUGAUGAAAAUAAUUAUGCUGCUCCACAAUAUGGAACCUUAAACCGUUGUUCUAUUGGAUUACUUCUUUGGGAAAAUGAAAAGAAGCAGACAUCAGUUCUACAACCUGGCUCACGUUUAAAAACUCCACAUCUUCCAAUAUGGAUAACAAGUUGUGUGGGACAUUUUGGAGUUAUUUUCAACAACAAUCAAGAUCUGCUAAGAAACUAUCAUGCUGAAAGUCGUUUCGAGUUGGUUUACUACAGUUGUUCGGGUAAUGAAGUUACAAUGACAAUUGAUAACAGAGGAUUAACAGAGUUUUCUGCAACAACGGCAAAUCAAGCAGUGGAAAGUUCUUCAAGUCUUUCGGGUGCAGCUCCAGCUGAGGUUAAGGAAGAGACCAUAAAUACACCACUACAACAUUUGAUUCAUACCAAGUGGGAAGAUGCUUCAAUUACUUUUCAUUGUCAAACUUCGGUAGUGCGUUGCCUAUUCACCAAUUAAAAUACCUUCUAGUACUUUA